AUGGCCUCGCCGGUCCCCAGCCCCAUCAACCCGCCGUUUGAUGAGCUUGCCCAGAACCUCACCGGCAACCUCACUGGCAACUCAACAGCCGGAAAUGUCACCGCUGCCGUCGUGGAAUGGGGCUUCACCCAGUAUGCUAGCUUCCUAACGAUGGAGGCCAAGCUCAUCUUCAGCGCUCUAGCCAUCAUCUACAUCGGCGCCCACGGCUCACUCCGCCGCCCACCUUCUGCCGCUCCUCAGAAGCGCAAGGAUGGAAAAGAACGCAAGGAGGAUGAGCCUAUAACAGAGGGCCUCAUGCCUACUGAUGCCAUUCUCUUCCCGAUCCUGGCCGGCACCAUGCUCAUCGGCCUCUACUACCUUAUCCAGUGGCUCCAGGACCCCGCCAUCCUCAAUAAGAUCCUCCGAGUCUACAUGUCCGUCAUGGGUGUCGCCAGUUUGACGACCCUGAUCGCACACUCGCUGCGGGUUGCGACUGGGUUCGUCUUCCCCAACUACUUCCGCCACGAUGGCUCGCUCUACAACGUCGACGACGACAAUGAGGCCUUCAUCAAGGUCACAGGCGAGGAGGUGGACCGGAAUAACGCGCAGUUCCUCCAGAAGAGCAACCCGCUGCCCUUUGGUUUGCGCAGCAUCAUGCGCCUCAACACCAUCAAGACCAACCGGUUUCUGUGGGAUUUGCGCCACGUCUUGACGGAUGAGUGGACGGUGAAGGCGAAGCUGCAUGGUCUCCUCCGCGAGAAAUUCCAUAUGACCAUCCUCCACGUCGUUGGUCUUAACCUAGCUGUUGCAACCGUUGUGGCCUACUUUAUGUCUGGCUCGCCCUUCCUGUCCAACUUCAUGGGCUACGGUUUCUGCUAUGGCUCGUUUCUCAUGAUGUCCCCGACGACCUUUGCGACUGGAAGCUUGGUGCUGAUCGGACUCUUCUUUUACGACAUCAUCAUGGUUUUCUACACUCCCUACAUGAUCACGGUCGCCACCAAACUCGACGUGCCCAUCAAGCUCCAGUUCCAAUCUGCCGCUAGAUCCAGCAUUCUCGGACUCGGAGACAUCGUCGUCCCAGGCAUUGUCAUGUGUCUCGCCCUCCGCUUCGACAUGUGGCUUCACUACCAGCGCCAGAUUAAGUACAUCCCGACUGAUCUCAAGUCCGACCAGCACGACGCGACCUCAGGCGAUGUGGUCACCGUGAGCCAGACCCAACACAUCGCACAAAAGGCCCCGUACCUCGACAUCACCAACUGCUGGGGCGACUGGUUCUGGUCCGCCCCUUCGUGGCUGGGCCUCUUCAAGGCCGCAACGCAGACGGCGCCGCCGACCGUGCGCGGAUCGACUUUCAGCAAGACGUACUUCUACGCCUCCUUGGUCGGCUACGCUAUCGGCAUGGUGACUACGCUGGUCAUGCUGGUCGUCUUCAAGCACGGCCAGCCUGCGCUGCUGUACCUCGUCCCUGGCGUUCUCAGCUCCCUCUGGUUGACUGGUCUCGUCCGUAGAGAACUCAAAGAGAUGUGGAUGUACACCGAGGACGGCAGCCUCGACACGCGCGACGUUGUCGUCGAGCUCGAUGGGGACGGCAACGUUAUGAAGGAAAUUAAGAAGGACGAGGACAAGAAGAAGAAGGCUGAGGAAGAGGAGACUGCGGAGGAGAAGAAGGCCGUUGAGAAGCGGGAUGCUGAGAAGACUGAGUAUAGCAUAGUCUCCUUCUCCGUCACUGCUCCACUUAGAAAGCCGAAGACGCAGUGA